UGAUACUAGUUCGGGUUUUUUUUUUUUUAAUCCUUUACUCCUUGAACUAUAUGUCCGCUGAGCAUUGGAAAUUUGAAGCGGUUGAUAAUAACGCAACCUACCAUUGCCUGAUUGAGUUUACCUUCUCAACUCAAGCAGCCAUUGAUCUUCUUCUUCCUUCCAUUAGCUCAGCUCAGAUCGUUCUCUUAGUAUCCAUUUGGCCGUUCAAUCUAUGGAUUUCAGUUGCAUUGCACCUCUCUCCUCCACUUGAAUGUAUGUCCAUCUCUCACUCGCCGUCAUUUUUUUUCUUGUUUAUGCUUUUCUGUCUUCUUUUACCCUAAUCAAACUUCUUACUGUAUUCUAAUCGACCCCUCGCUAUGUUGGUUUUAGCUGAUGUAAUUCAAAAUUUGUGUAAAUUGGAACUAAACUGUUAUGAUAGUGCAGCGUAAACGGCGCAAAGUAUGAGAUCAACGCCGCAGGCUGCAAUCCCCUUUUACGCCUCUCUUCUUGACGCAUGUACCUCCACCAAGAAUAUGACGAACCUCAUUGAAAUCCACGCCCAAGUAAUCACUCAUGGCAUUUACCGCCACGAUUUUAUUCGCUCGAAACUCGUCUCUGCCUAUGCCUCUUGCGGCCAAAUCCCCCAAGCCAGUUUCAUCUUUUCCUUGUGCAACCGCCAAUCCACUUUUCUCUUCAACUCCCUCAUCAGAGCUUACGCGUCUCUCAACUUCUUCACCCAAUCUCUGUCCAUUUUUCGCCGUAUGCUCGAUGCCGCUAAGUAUAUCGAUUGUCACACCUUGCCCAGCGUUCUAAAGUCUUGUGCUGGGCUGUCUGCUUUGAGGCUUGGAAGACAAGUUCAUGGAGUAGUGCUGAUAAGUGGGUUUGCUUUUGAUUUGGCAAAUUCAAAUUCUUUGAUUAAUAUGUAUGCUAAGUGCGGGGAUUUAGCAGGGGCACGAAAAGUGUUUGAUAGAAUGCCUGUGCGAAAUGAGAUUUCAAUGGCAACGAUGUUAGGGGGUUAUGGGAUGCAUGGGAGGGCUGGCGAGGUGUUGGUUUUGUUUGACAGAAUGCUGGAUGAGGGAGCGGGAGUGGAUGCGGUGUGUUUUACUGCAGUUUUGAGUGCAUGCAGUCACGCACGGAUGGUGGAGAAGGGGCUAGAGUAUUUUUGGAUAAUGAAAGAGCGUUUCGGAAUGAAGCCCAGUCUAGAGCAUUAUACUUGCUUGGCGGAUAUGCUUGGGAGAGCCGGAAGGGUGGAGGAGGCUGAGGAGUUAGUGAUGAAGAUGGAGAUGGAGCCUGAUCGGGUAUUAUGGGCUGCUCUGCUGGCUUCUUGUAAGCUGCAUGGGAAGGUGGAGGUGGCUGAAAGAGUUUUUGACAAGAUUCAUACAAGUGGGUUUAAGGAUUAAUUUCUGUUUUGGGAAAAAAAAUCCACUUAAUAGAUAUAGUAUAGACGAAUCUAGUUUUCUUCAAUCGGAGUAAUGGAAUUUCUACACUGCUUUAGCCCUUUUCUACAUAUGUUGCAUUGAUUUGGUUAGUGAAGCGUGGGUGGAAUGCGUUAUUGAGGGAUGUGAUGAAACGAGUUCUCUUCAGUUCUCACUUGUGCAUGCGAGAUUUACUUGGAGAUACAUAAUUUACAAAUAAUUUGUUCAUAUAAUUUACAAUCUUUUUCAGUUAAGUUUAGGAAGAAGAUGCCUACAAUGGGAAAUUGGUUCCCUUUUUGUUUCUUAUAAUGAAGCUGUUAAAGAUGGAGAAGAACCCAUAGAUCUUCACAUGUUUUGUUCCUUUGGCUUGCAGUUUCACUUUUGUUGAUGUUUGAUUCUGUUCACAACGAAUUUUAUUAGGAAGCUGAAGAAGGUCAGGGAGAGCAAUGAUCAAGUUCUGGGCACAAAUGAGCCACCAGCAGCAGCAACAACAAGAAGUUGGAUUUCCUGGACCAGCUAUGUAUAGAGUUUUUUCCAAAUUGAAGUUGUUGAAAAGUGUGCUUAAAAAUCUGAACAGCAAAGAAUUUUUAGAUAUUUCUCAAAAGUGAAGGAAGGGCUUCUCUUCUAGAUCAUAUUCAAGUUAGUAUGCAGGAGGAUCCUAUGAAUGAAGACCUUUUACUGGAAGAAGGGGCAGAUGUUACUCAUCUCAGGAAGUGAAUGCAUCAAAAGAGUGUUUUUACAGACAAAAAAAGCCAGAUUUCAAUGGGUUCAGUUGGGUGAUAAUAACACCGAGUUUUUCCACAAUUUCGUAAAGCAAAAAAAAAAAGUCUCCUAUAGAAUUUCAAAAUUAAAGUUUGACGAUGUCACUAUUUUGGAGGAUCCAAAUAAGAUAACUCAAGCUAUGAUUGAUUACUACAAGUAUCAUAGGAGUAAAGGAACUCCAAGGUGUGCUAUCAAGGUAGACUUGCAAAAAGCCGAUGAUUCUGUCAAUUGGGACUAUUUGGAAGAAAUUUCAAUGCACUUUCGUUUCCUAAGAUAUUUAUGAAUCUGAUUAUGCAAUGUAUUUGAACAGCCAGAUUUUCUUUGAUGAUCAACAGUGGGCUUGAGGGUUUUUUCCGACGGUCAGCAUGGACUAGGACAAGAAGAUCCCAUGUCUCCUUUUCUCUUUAUGCUGGUUAUGGAGUAUUUGGCUAUAUGCUUUGAAGCAAUGUGCAAGAAAGGUUUGAUGCCAUCCUGGGGGUAGGAGAUUAAAGCUAAAUUAUCUAUGUUUUGCAGAUGGUUUAUUAAUAUUUUCUCAUGGAGAGUUAAGCAUUUCUUUGAAGUUUCGAGAUUGAAAGCUAUUAUAGAGAAAAGUUGUGUUUUCAGCGGAAUUAAGGGUCAAUUAGAGAACAUGAUCUUGGGUAUUUGAACUUUCAAGAAGGCUAUCUUCUUACAGAUGGUUCAAGAAUGGAAGCAGCAGUGGUUUUGGAAUGAAGAUGGUUCAAGAACGGAAGCAGCGGUGAUCAGGUAUGUUUCGGAGUUAAUCUUUAAUAAAGACACCUAGUCGGCUAAUUGGGUAUUUGAUAAUAAACCGAGAGUUUGAGUUAAUUGGUGAUUAUCAAACUCCAUGAUGUGCAAAUGAGGAUGUUCCAGUUAGGUUCUUCAGUUGCAGUAGCAGUUGCAGUAAGGAAGUUUAGCAACAAAUCUUAUGUUGGUGUAAUACCAUUUUUUUCGUCGGGUCCGGGUAGAGACCAAAGGUCUUGAGCUAUAUAAGGUACACUAUGAGAUGGAGAAGAGGAACCUCUUGAUUCACAAAAAUAGCUGAUGGUAGAGUUAAAAGAGUAGGAAGAGCAGAAAUUAGAAAUUAGAAAGUGUUCAAGAAUAAACAUUCUGGCCGCCGUCUCUCGGGUAAUUGAUCCUGAAGAUAACUGAACUUUCGAAUUUUUUCAUUUCAGUCACUAAACUAUUUUUUUUCAUUUCGAUCACUGAACUUUCAUUUUUUUUUCAUUUUGGUAUUUCAGGCCAAAAAUGCUUAGGUGGCAGCCGGAAGUUGACAUGUGACAUCCGGAUUUUACAAGUUUUACUUUGAAAAUUUAUCACACAUACACAAUUUCACUUUAAAAAUGACUUUUUGGAUCAAAUAAUGCAUAUAUGGCAAGUUUUCAGGUUAAAAAAAAAAUUAAUUCCGGCUGCCACCUAAGCAUUUUUGGCCGGAAAAUACCAAAAUGAAAAAAAAUGAAAGUUCGGUGAUCAAAAUGAAAAAAAAAUAGUUUAGUGACUGAAAUGAAAAAAUUCGAAAGUUCAGUGAUCUUCAGGAUUAGUUACCCCCGUCUCUCAGUCUCUUCUUUCAAAUAAAAAGUUUACACAUAGAGGGCUGUCAAUAGUUUAUUCUUGCUAUUGAUGACGUUUUUAUAUUUAUUUUAUUUUCAUAAAAUACAAUGAAUAGUCAAAAUCUAUUUCAUCCUUUUUU